CGUUUUUAUUACCUAUGGAAGGGCAGUCCCUUGUAAUUAAGAUCGGAUAAAAGUUACGUAAAACUCGCUGAGAAAUGGAUAACUUUCCAAUAUGAAUGAAAUGACUUCAGAUUCUCUCAAAAUGUCUUACAAUUCAUUUUGUGUAUGCUAGCAGUCAUGCGCGGAAAUUUGUCACAACUUCUACAAAAGCAACAACCGAUAAAUAUUAAAUCAUUAGAAUACAAAUGUAUUAUUUAGAAUAAAAAUACAUGGCUUUAUUAUAAACAUUUCAAGUUCAGCAGACAAAAGUAUAGAGGUGCGAAAGAAAAAAGGUUUUGUGGGCGUGACUAGAUGGAAAAAACAAUUCGCAUUUGGCGCAUCAUCAAAAACUACAUGAUAGAUAUAGUUACUGAGAUAUCAGCUUUUCUGCAAGAAGCGAAAACCCUAUUUUGGGCUGGAUGGGCGUAAGAGUGAGUGCGGUAUUGUGUGUAUUGUGUGUGAUACCACAAUUAGAUGAUCUGGAAUCUCAAGAUCAUACAUUCUUAAUUCUAACAUUCUAGCUAUAAUAGCUCUGGAGAUUUCCGAAUUUUUUUUAAUCUCAACGCUGUAUCUCUUAUAGUUCCUGAGAUCUCAACGUUCAUACAGACAGAAAGGACGUCGAUAUUGAUACUGAUCAUGAAUAUAAAUUUUAAGAGAAAGUUUUGAGGAACAUGAUUUUAAACACGUUUGAAAGAUAAUGCGUUGUUUUCGGAAGUGAUUUAAAUUUAUUGUGUUUAAUAAACCUUCGCCUCGGUCAAAAUUAAGCAGCAGCAGCCAGAAGACCAGAAGCCCGAUCAAAAGACGAUACAUGGAGCCAAAGAGAGAAGUUGCUGAGCGGACAGAAUCGUCUAUACAGGACUACAAUGCAUUCAGUAGGCAUACAUUCCGCAAUGGCGAUUAAGAGGCAACGGAAACGACGAGAUGAACAAAAACGAGCACGAGAAAGGCGCUAUAGCACACAAAGUUCUGAGAGCGGCGAAACGUAUCAUUCACCAGCGGGAUCAGUGAAACGCAAAUACCACCACUCUCAUCUUUCGGCUAAUGCCGGUACUGGAAUGCUUGACAGCCAGGUCGUUACUAGUAUUGGAAUGUUGCAUAUUGGUAUUGUGUUCGUUGUGUUUGGAUUUUUUCUAUGCGGGGCUGGUAUUAUUCCAGAUGAAACUAUGUCUUGGAAUGUAUUUAGUUCUAGCUCAGCUUGGUGGAAUGAAGUCACAUGCACGGGUUUGUUUUCCCUCGGCUUGGGACUAUUUUUACUAAUUUUAAAUUGUCUUAUAAGUCGAAAGGAGGAGGAGGAUCUGGAGGACUACGUGCAGCGUCAGCUGACUCGAUCUCGUUCUGGACACCGACUUGAGCGAGAUGUUGAAACUGGUGUAUUGACUACGCGUCAUGCUCGAAAAGCUGUGGCCUUACAAAAAAGCGGACGUAACAGCUAUCAAACAGAUGUAGCGGUUGUUCAUUGCGUAUCUACUGAAAAUAUUUGCAACGGGCCGAUAUCUGGACAUGAUGGUUUAAACAGCUCUGAUCUUUUUUCUUGAAAAAUUGUGGAGGAGGAGACUUCUUAUUUAAAUGACUGCAAUUCCGGAAUAUCUCCAAUUGAAGUAGAAAAUGAUACAAAACUGCUUUUAAGAAAAGGAACUAUAAAUGAUGCAAUCAAUACAACACGAAUAUAAAAAUCAUCUCUCUUGAAAUAUUGUAAAUUCGGGUAAUUAAUAUAUUAAAUGCUUUUUAAAUAAUAUAUAAACUGUAAAUCAAUCUGUAAAUUAUUUUAAAAAAAUACUAUUUUACUAAGCUUCAAACAGGUAUUUAAUUGAGGGUAAAAUUAUUAUUGAACUUAUAAUUUUCUAUGCAAAUAGGUCUAUUAAUAUUAAUUUGCACAAAUUAGAUCUACACAAAGUGCACAUGGAUGUAAUUUAAACUGAUCAACACUUUAAUUUGUUAGGCCACGAUUUAUUGAAAUUCAUUGAUAGUUGGGACAAUCGAGCUCAUUUUUUAAUGCGUUUGCCCAAAAAAUAUGUAUAGAAAUAAUUUUAAAAGAAAAAAUUACCUAUUUAAGGUAUCCCUUCCUGACUGAUUUUAAAUUUUAUUAUAGACCUUUGUAUUUCGAUCUUUAUAAAGGCGUCUUUGCACAGUAAAGAUUUUCAUGUGAUUAUAUAAUAAAAACAUUAAAAUUUGUA